AUGAACGACCCAGGCCUCGAUGACCAGAUUCAAGAGAACGCAUGCGACGUAGCCCGGAAAUAUCACGAGAACCACACUCAAGGGCGGCGCCAGCAACAACAGCAGCAGCGUCACCGCAACAGUGGACACAAGCUCAACAAGUCUAAUCGCGGUAGCUCCCGGGAUAAAGAGGCCGACAGGGCGGAACAAUUUGAAGAGGGGAUGUUGGAGGACGGGGGUCUAGAUCUUUGCAAUUGGUGGAUCACGUCCACUGUUUUCCCACUGGUUGCGGGUGCGUUUGGCCCGUUGGCUAAUUUGGCGUCCGUUUGUGCACUGGUGCAGGCCUGGAGGGUUUAUGUUCCCCCCGGGGCGUCGGAGAUACACGGUGACCGAGUAGCGGAUCCGGCUUGGCUCAUCGGGAUAAAUGCGGUAUCAUUGGUUAUGGCUGUGAUUGCAAACAUCUUUAUUCUUAUGACUUUUGCGCAGAGAAUACGGUACCGGGUAUCAUUGCCUUUUACUAUAACCCUCUGGUAUAUCUCCUCAAUACUCCUGAUCAGUCUAGUAAUAGCUGCACCCAAACUCCUCCAAGAAGACGCCCGUAAAUCCUUCGCCUUCUCCCAAUCCUACUACUACGGCAUCAUGGCCGCCGUACUGUACUUCAUCAUUGCGACCCUCCUCUUCACCAAUUACUUCAACAGCACCGUAAAGAGGCGCUACCCCCCGUCAUUCAGAGUGCUCACAAUCCCGCAGCGCACUUUAAUGCUACAGACUACCUCCCUGAUGUUCUACGUCGGCCUCGGCGCGCUGGUGUUCUCAAAGAUCGAGGGCUGGGAGUACGCCGACACAAUAUACUGGGCAGAUUACACACUACUCACGGUCGGCCUGGGAUCAGACUACCCGCUGCAACACACCGCCGCAAAGAUCCUACUGAUCCCGUAUGCCGUGGGCGGCAUUAUUGUGCUGGGUCUCGUAGUUAGCAGCGUUAGGGGUAUGGUGCUGGAGCGUGCAAAGAUAAACAUGAACCGCAGGGCGAUUCAGAAGCAGCGACAGAAGUGGCUGAAGGAGCUCGAGGCGAACAAGAGGGAUAAUAAUACCCGAUCUGCAAACGAGCUGAUCAAGGAAGAAUUCGAGAUUAUGCGGAAGAUUGAGAAAGCCGCAGAGUCGAAGGGGAAGUGGAUGGCGCUGGUAACGUCGUCGAUGGCGUUUUUGCUGGUAUGGCUGGGUGGAGCCAUGGUUUUUACAUUCUCAGAGCGUACUCAACAAUGGUCAUACUUCGACUCGUUAUACUUCUCCUACACCUCCCUCCUCACAAUCGGCUACGGCGACUACUACCCGCAAUCCAACUCCGGCAAGCCCUUCUUCGUCAUCUGGUCCGUCAUCGCCGUCCCCACAAUGACCAUCCUCAUCUCCAACAUGAGCGACACCGUCGUCCGCGCCGUCCGCGAAGGCACCCUCUGGAUCGGGCAGAAAACCGUCCUCCCCGACGCCAAGCACCAGACCCUCUCCGAGAAGCGUGAGGAGACCGACAACGCCAUCGAGCAGGUGCGCGACGCGAUCCCGUGUUCGCCGAAACAGGUGUAUAAGAGGGUCGCGGCGCAGAUCCGGGAGAUCUCCGGACACGUGGGGUGUGAGCCGCCAAAGAGAUACACGUUUGAUGAGUGGAUCGAGUUCUUGGAGCUGCUGGAGCUCAAGUGGGAGAAUGAGGGGUGGUGCUGGCUGGGGGAUGAGGGACCGCUGAUGAGUGGGUUGACGGAGGCGGAGUGGGUGCUGAGGGAGCUGUGUAGGAAGUUGGAAGAGGCGUUGUCUGCUUGA